AUUGCCAUUUCAAUCUAUAGACGAAUGGUUGCUUGUCCCAUUUAUACGAGUCACAACAAACGAAACAGCGUGGUCGAGCGUUCGUCUGAUACAAAAUUGUCUCUCGCAAUUAAACAUGGCUCAUCCAGCACCAGUGACAUGGGCUCAAAGAAAAAACAUGAUCUACAUUACCAUCUGUGUAGAAGAUUGUAAAGAUGCCAUCGUCACCAUAGAACCUAGCAAAGUUUACUUCAAAGGAACUGGAGGAGCAGAGAACAAAUCAUAUGAGAACACUUUAGAGCUUUUUGAUGAAAUUGAUGCUGCAGCCAGUCGUAAAGUUGUGAGGGAUCGCAACAUUGAAAUAAUGCUAAUGAAGAAAGAAUCAGGUCCAUUCUGGCCACAUCUCCUAAAGCAGAAAAUCAAACAACACUGGCUUAAGGUUGACUUUUCCAAGUGGAAGGAUGAAGACGACGAUAGCGAUGUUGAAGGAGACGAUUUUCAACAGAUGAUGCAGCAGAUGGGCUCUUUGAAUCCCGGUGGUGGCGAUGAGGCAUUCGGCAGACCGUCCUUGGAUGAUUUGGACCCGGAGGAUGAAACUGAUUCUGACGACGAGGCGUUGCCUGACCUGGAGUAAACUCAAUAAUGCUGGUGUCCUGUGCUCCGCGUUCGACCAGUCGCUCCGGACAACAGCUUAGAUCCUCAGCUUUGUACCGCAGCUGAAGAAAAAAACCUCUCAGUUUCCCAACGCUCCUAUUCUCGAUUCUCCUUGAUUGAUUGUUUUCUAUGUUUCUAGUCUACUGAAAUAACUUUUCUUUGAGGCAUUCAUUUUUUCCAGUGAGGCAGUUAUUAGUUCCAGCCUAUCAUAUCUAUUUUAAUUUGUAAUUUUUGCUAUUGGUUGCUACUGAUAGCCUGGAGAUCUCGUUUCAGUAUAUAGCCUUACUUUAGAAUUCAGUGAGAAUCUUUGAAGUAGAUAGCAUCAUUGCGUGGCAGAAUAUUGUAAAAGGAAAUUUGAUUUUUAUGCAAAGAGACUUGCCGUGACCUAUCCAUCACCGAGUUCUGCGGCAUUUAAUUGUUAUGUAAACUCUUCAGAUGCGGUACGCAUCAGUUAGCCUUGAAUGCUGCGCUGGGGAACAGUCGCCUGGCGCGAUCCUUUUUCCAAGUUAUGAAGUGGACGAAUUUAGAGAGACUAUGGCGGCUGUAAAUUACCGCGAUGUCUGUUGCCUGUGCUGUUUGUGUCGCUAGCUAUGGUUACCAUCGUCAAGCUCUGUGUGUACCAAAGUUUCUUUCCGGGGCCCAGAGUUUGAAUUACUUUUGAUUUGGCAUUAUUAUUACAUGUGAUUUAUAGUCCAGUUUGUCAUAUUUCACAGGAUGUGUGUUUUCUCAGUAAAGUAUGUCUCGAA